UCGUGUUCGGUUGUACAAGAAAAAGCGUCUCGAGAAAAAAAAUCAUCAGGAUUAAAAAAAAAUAUUUUUUUUACUGUUCAAACUUUUAUACGGUUCAAUCAUCUGUGAAAUUGUACGUCGUCAACAGGUAAAAGGAAUACCCAAAUUUGUAUGCGCCGGGCAUACACAGCCUUUGGUUACCUGACGUAAUAAUAGUGCGCAGUUGGAUUUAAUUUUUCAAAAGAAAACGAUACAAAAAGGAUACAAAGAAAAAAUAUUUCACAACAAAUAUCGAAAAAAAAAAAUUGAAAAAAAAAUUAAAAAUUAAAGUGAAACGAAAUCUCUCAAAAUGAUUUUUGUUAGAGAUGAGAUAAGGUGACCCCCGUGAUAAAAUUCACAAAAUUGCAAUUAAAUAACGCAAUAAACCAUUAAAAAAAAUAUUUGAAAAAAUUAAAGCGAAGGACUUCCUUGCAAAUCAAUAAAACGAAUAUUUUAAGGAAUAUCAUUAGCACCGAUUGGAACAAAAAAUUAAAUAAAUAACCACACAGACGAUAUAUAAAAAAAUAUUAUUUUAAACAGGCACCAUUAGGCUGAUUAAUAUCAAUCAAGAUGGCAUGUGGCAUAUCGUGUGUAGACAAUGCUUUAAAUAGAUCCUUUAAAAAAUUAGGCAUAUUUAUUGGGAGACAUCCUGGUUAUUUUUUAAUAGUUCCAGUAUUAUUAGCGUUAUUAUGUAUGACAGGAUUUCAACAGAUCAAAUAUGAAAUAGAUCCAGAAUAUUUAUUCUCACCAAUUAGGGGUGAAGGAAAAGCAGAACGUGCAGUUGUAGAAGAAUUUUUUAAAGUUAAUUAUACACAUCGUUUUAAUGUUGCUAGAAUUAUAAGACCAGGCCGUUUUGGUCGCGUGAUAAUUGUGUCCAAGGACAGUGAUAGUAAUUUAAUGAGGCGCGAAGUGUUCGAAGAGCUUCGUGAACUCGACGAGAUCAUCCAAAAUACGACAGCUACCUAUGACGGCGAAACGUUUACGUAUCGCGAUGCGUGUGCCAAAUGGGAAGGCGAAUGUUACUUCAACGACAUUCUCAAUCUCGAUCAGAUAAUUGACGAUGUCGAAAGCGGCGCCCUCAACUUGACGUGGCCCAUAAUGUUUAAUCCCGUGACAUGGGAUGCUCAUGCUUUUCCCGUCUAUUUUGGCGGUACGGUUGUUUCGGAGGAUAAUAUGAUCAUAAGUGUGCCGUCGUUGCAACUCGUGUAUUUCGUGACGGUUGAUACGAAGCGACAAGAUGCUCGAGGCGCCGCAUGGGAAGAAGCUUUUCUCGAAACGAUGGGAUUUUAUGAGGAUAAUAACUUGUUUAAGCAUAUUUCUGUGGCGAGAUUUGCAUCGCAAACGUUGGAUCAUGAGUUGGAGAAGAACACAAAGAGUGUCGUGCCUUAUUUUAGUUCGACUUUUGUGCUGAUCACACUUUUCAGUAUCAUAACCUGCAUGAUGGGCGACGUUGUACGUUCAAAGCCAUUUUUAGGACUCAUGGGAAAUGUUUCUGCUGUCAUGGCAACUCUCGCUGGCUUUGGUCUCGCCAUGUAUUUAGGCAUCGAAUUCAUCGGCAUCAACUUGGCUGCUCCCUUUUUAAUGAUUGGUAUUGGAAUCGAUGACACGUUUGUGAUGUUGGCGGCAUGGCGACGAACUUCAGUGAAAUUAUCUGUGCCUGAGAGGAUGGGACACAUGAUGAGUGAAGCGGCAGUUUCUAUUACAAUUACUUCGAUUACGGAUAUGAUUUCGUUCUGGAUCGGCGUUGUGAGUCCUUUUCAGUCGGUGCGGAUUUUCUGCACGUACAGCGGAUUAGCGGUUGCUUUUACGUACGUUUGGCAUAUCACGUUCUUCGCGGGAUGCAUGGCAGUGUCGGGAUAUCGUGAGAAGAAGAAUUUGCAUGCGAUUUUCCAUUGCAAGAUUUUGCCGGAAUCCGUUGCGAUUAAAGAGAAACGUUCAUGGUUUUAUCGCAAAUUCUGGACCGGAGGCAUCAACAAAGACGAUCCAGACAAUCCGAUUGACAACAAAGAGCACAUGUUGAUGGCCUUUUUCAAGGAUUAUGUCGCGAGUUUCCUGAACAAAGGAUGGGUAAAGGCGUUAGUCAUCCUCAUUUUUGGCGCUUAUCUUGCGGGAGCAUGUUACGGCUUAACGAACAUCAAAGAAGGCUUGGAACGGAGAAAAUUAUCGAAAGAUGGAUCGUAUUCGAUUGAAUUUUUUGACAGAGAGGAUUUGUAUUAUCGCGAGUUUCCGUAUCGAAUUCAGGUCGUUGUUGCUGGCGAUUAUAAUUACUCUGAUCCGAUAACGCAAAUGCAAAUCGAGACGGUCAUGCAAAAACUUGAAAAUACAUCUUAUGUUACUUCGCCUUUGUAUUCGGAAUCGUGGCUCAGAUCUUUCAUCUCGUACGUCGAACGGAAUAAUGAUUAUUUGAAUCUUACGUUGGAGACAGAACAGGAUUUUAUUGAUGCCCUGAAAGAGUUAUGGCUCUUCCCCGCCAACCCAUUCUCCCUCGAUGUCAAGUUCAACGACGAAGGCACCAAAAUUCUCGCUUCCCGUUUCAUGGUACAAGUAAUCAACAUCACCGACACGAAUCACGAGAAGGAAAUGUUGCACGAUCUGCGCGCCAUUUGCAAAGAAGCUCCCAUCAACGUGACAAUUUUCAACCCGUAUUUCGUCUUUUUCGAUCAAUUCGAACUCGUGCGUCCCACGGCACUUCAAGCGAUGAUUAUCGGCGCCAUUAUCAUGAUGAUCAUCUCGUUCAUCUUCAUUCCGAACUUUUUGUGCUCCCUAUGGGUCGCCUUUAGCAUCGUGUCGAUCGAACUCGGCGUUGCCGGUUACAUGUCACUUUGGGACGUGAAUUUGGACUCGAUUUCCAUGAUAAAUCUCAUCAUGUGCAUCGGAUUUUCCGUAGAUUUCACCGCACACAUUUGCUAUACUUACAUGUCGUCGAAAGCGAAGACUUCCGAUGAGCGGGUUCGAGAAGCGCUUUAUUCGCUGGGUUUGCCGAUCGUUCAGGGAUCUUGCAGUACGUUGUUGGGAUGCGUGGCAUUGAUUAUCGCACAAAGUUACAUCUUCCUCGUUUUCUUCAAGAUGAUAUUUUUGGUGAUUUUCUUCGGAGCGAUGCACGGAUUGUUCUUGUUGCCGGUCCUGUUGUCGCUUUUUGAUCCGUCAAGUGCUCCGAAUGACGACGACGACGAAAAAGACUCGAAAUUGUCGGUGCUCGAGAAAAAUCAUCCGUUCUACUUGCCUCAUCCAACACUCGCUUUGACGAAUUACGGCAGCAAAACGUUCCUCAAUGCGCCCUACAAGACAUAUUUGGAGGAAAAAGACCUCGGAUUGGGCACUUCGGGCGAAGAUUCGAGCGAAUCAAGUAGCAGCAAAUCCCAACGACGUCAAGCGCUUGAAGAUGAAAACACGCGUCGUCGUUACCAAGAAGGAUGGCGUCGUUCGUCGUCGCACAAUCUCAGCAGUUCGGGCGGCGGCACAGGAAAUUUUCAGCCAAUUCUCGAUUUGUACGGAUACGAAAGCGAACGCAUGUGGAAGAGCAAACGUUUUGUUUACGAUGCGGAGCAAGAAAGACAAAAAUCACAAAGGAACACGUAUCGGCGACAAAGUGACGACUCGAAUUUAACGUGCGAUGAUUCGCCGACGGCACCCACAAAAUACUUUUAUGAGCAUGAUCGGCGAAAAAAAUCGUCGCACGACAGCGAUGAACGCCCGCGACGCAAACACACGGAAGGCGGCUUGUACAAACAGAAUCCGCAUCGAACGAAUUCGCAACAUAAUCUUUACAGAGCGCAGCAACGAUCGUCAUCGCAGCAAAAUUUGCAUCAACUCAAGCACAUGGGCGACAUCCGAUUCGAUUGAAAUUAGAAAAUAG